AUGAUUGAGGAAAGUGGGAACAAGCGGAAGACCAUGGCAGAGAAGAGGCAGCUGUUCAUAGAAAUGCGUGCUCAGAAUUUUGAUGUCAUACGACUAUCAACUUAUAGAACAGCUUGCAAAUUACGAUUUGUACAAAAGCGAUGCAACCUCCAUCUUGUUGAUAUCUGGAACAUGAUUGAAGCCUUCCGAGACAAUGGCCUUAAUACACUGGACCAUACCACUGAGAUCAGCGUGUCCCGCCUCGAAACUGUCAUCUCCUCUGUCUACUACCAGCUGAACAAGCGCCUUCCUUCUACUCACCAAAUCAGUGUGGAGCAGUCGAUCAGCCUCCUCCUCAACUUUAUGAUUGCUGCAUAUGACAGUGAGGGCCGAGGCAAGUUGACCGUAUUUUCAGUUAAAGCUAUGUUAGCAACGAUGUGUGGUGGAAAAAUGCUGGACAAAUUGAGAUAUGUUUUCUCCCAGAUGUCAGAUUCCAAUGGCUUAAUGAUAUUUAGCAAGUUUGACCAGUUUCUGAAGGAAGUUCUGAAGCUCCCAACAGCUGUCUUUGAAGGGCCAUCUUUUGGUUACACAGAGCACUCAGUCCGCACCUGUUUUCCACAGCAGAAAAAGAUCAUGCUAAAUAUGUUUUUAGACACAAUGAUGGCCGAUCCUCCCCCCCAGUGCCUUGUCUGGCUACCUCUCAUGCAUAGGCUUGCCCAUGUUGAGAAUGUCUUCCACCCCGUGGAGUGCUCCUAUUGCCGGUGUGAGAGUAUGAUGGGCUUCCGGUACCGAUGCCAGCAGUGCCACAACUACCAGCUCUGCCAAAACUGCUUUUGGCGUGGCCACGCCAGCGGCCCUCACAGCAACCAACACCAGAUGAAGGAGCACUCCUCCUGGAAAUCCCCUGCAAAGAAGCUGAGCCAUGCAAUUAGUAAAUCUUUGGGGUGUGUACCCACCAGAGAACCCCCACAUCCUGUUUUUCCUGAGCAACCAGAGAAACCACUUGACCUUGCAAAUAUAGUUCCUCCUCGUCCUCUGGCCAACAUGAACGACACCAUGGUGAGCCACCUGUCCUCUGGGGUGCCCACCCCCACCAAGAGGUUACAGUAUAGCCAGGAUAUACCCAGUCACUUGGCCGAUGAGCAUGCGCUGAUAGCCUCCUAUGUGGCCCGUCUGCAACACUGUGCACGUGUCCUGGACAGUCCUAGCCGACUGGAUGAGGAACACCGGCUUAUAGCUCGCUAUGCUGCCCGGCUGGCUGCAGAAGCAGGAAACGUGACUCAAGUUAUGGCUUUGGAGGAGGAGGAGGAGAAAGAGGAGACCCGUCCUCCUACUGACUUGAGCUUUAACUUUGAUGCCAACAAACAACAAAGACAGCUUAUUGCAGAACUGGAAAACAAAAACAGGGAGAUCCUGCAAGAGAUUCAGCGUCUCCGUCUGGAGCAUGAGCAGGCUUCCCAGCCCACCCCCGAGAAGGCCCAGCAGAACCCCACGUUGCUGGCUGAGCUGCGGCUGCUGAGGCAAAGGAAAGAUGAACUGGAGCAGAGAAUGUCGGCGCUGCAGGAGAGCAGGCGCGAGCUGAUGGUUCAGCUGGAGGGGCUGAUGAAGCUGCUGAAGGAGGAAGAGCAAAAGCAGGCAGCUCAGGCCACAGGAUCACCACAUACAUCCCCCACUCACGGAGGCGGCCGCCCGAUGCCCAUGCCUGUCCGCUCAACGUCUGCUGGCUCCACCCCCACCCACUGUCCGCAAGACCCACUGAGCGGAGUCGGGGGAGACAUGCAGGAGGCCUUUGCACAAGGUACGAGGAGAAACCUCCGCAGUGACCUGCUGGUGGCCGCCGAUUCCAUCACCAACACCAUGUCAUCCCUGGUGAAGGAGCUCCACUCAGCAGAGGAAGGUGCAGAGGAAGAAGAAAAGAAGAUGCAAAGUGGGAAAGAAAGAGAACUGCCUCUCCCAGAACCUGCCACCCAUGGUGUUGGGAGCUGUAAAUCCAGUUUGCUCGCUCAGAGUACGCUGGUGUAUGUCCGAGGAGGGAAUGAAGAAGGCCCACGGCCUGGGAGCUUGGUGCCAGAACUGGAAGCGGAGCUGGGUCUCCGGAUGCUGUCCUCAGACCUCAGAUCGGGAGUACCCCCCACAAAAGAGAAAGCCCCUUUCCCUAAAAAGGAGCACGAGUAUUAUCGACUCUUUGCAUCUUCUGAGUUGAAAGGCACAGGGGACAUGCAGCAAGCUGGCGUUGACAUGAGGAAGGCGAGAUCUUCCCCCAGAGGCGCAUUCCUGUCCAUCUUUCGGCUGCACACCUGGACCAGGCUUGCAGGCUGCCAGACGUCACUACCUGGCAGCAAGAGGGGAGCCCAAGCCGGUGGGAAAUGGGAGGGACUGCCUGAUGCCGCUGCCGCCGCUGCCAUCCUUGCCCAGCAGGCGUCCAUCCCCUACCAGCAAGAACUCUAUCUGGAGUUGGACCCAAAGCCUCUGGAAGUCCUCCCCACCCACAGCUCCUCAGAAUCCUGGGCCUGCUGGUCGGAGCCCCAGUCUUCCUGA